UAUGUAGAAGAAUCUUGCAAAGAUUGCACCUCACACCUCCAUGGAAGACAUGGCUUCUAAAUUCUUGUAAGCAUUUCGUCGAACACCUUCAGUGUCUAAAAUUCGCACGCAAAAACACCCUUAUCAGGUGCUCUGUUUCCGUAUGAAGUGGAGAUAGAAACGGGUAACCCAUUUACGAAACAGAAAACAAAUAUAAAAAAAUCGAUGCAUGUGUGAAGAAAACGUGCACUUCGUCUCUCUUCUGUUUCGGUUUUGUCUUUAGCAAAAGGUUCCUUUUUUCGUCUUUUUCAUUUCUGGGUAUCUCACUCUCUGUCAGAUCUCUAGUUCUUUUAUUAAAAAAUUGAUUGUUGUUGAAGUUCUGAUUUGCCAGAUCAAACUUCAAUUGCUUUCCGAUAUUUUAAAUUAAUCCAACAACACCAUUUUAUAAUAUGAAGUUUGUUUCAGACGAAAUGGUCACAUGUUUGACCUGAAUUCCUGGUUUUGAAAGGAGAAACCGAUACUAUUUUAAUCACUUCACAUGAUUUCUGAUAGUUUUUGAAGCAAAUUCAUUAAUGGGGUUCUUUCAUUUCCGGUCUGCUACUCAUCGCCGGUUAAUUCUCCGGUGACUCAUGCCCUCUUUGUAUUUUCUUCUUCCUCUUCAUAACAGAUCCAAAGUUCUACCAUUCGAACACCCAAGUCAAAGAUUCAAUAUUUUCAUUGAACCACCAUGUCAUAUGCUAAUUCAAGAUCUGUAAGAUUUCAAGAUGAAGUUGAACUACCAAAGUUCCAAUCAAUCAACGCCGACGACUUAUUUAAAGUCAAAUACAACAUAGAAGCAAAACAAAUACCAGAAACAAGAAUUCCCGAAAAAAGAAUCGAAAAACACACACGACCCUCCUUAAAAUCCAAAGUUCUUUCAAGAGUUUUCUCCGAAGAUUACGAAAGAGUCAAGAAAAAAAUCUUGGAUCCUCGAGGUCAAUCCAUACGAAAAUGGAACAAGAUUUUCUUAGUCGCAUGUUUAGUUUCUUUAUUCGUAGACCCUUUGUUCUUUUACUUACCAUCAGUCAGAAAAAACGCUUGCAUCGACAUCGGAUUCACCCUCGAAGUCUCUCUCACAAUCGUAAGAUCAGUAGCCGAUGUUUUUUACAUGAUUCAGAUAUACAUGAAGUUCGUAACUUCUUACGUGGCACCUUCUUCUCGUGUUUUUGGAAGAGGUGAGCUUGUUAUAGAUUCUUCCAAAAUAGCAAAAAGAUACAUAAAGGGUGAUCUUUGGAUCGAUUUUGUAGCUGCCCUUCCCCUUCCUCAGCUGUUAAUCUGGGUAAUAAUACCGAGCUUAAGUGGUUCAGCCAUGGCGAACACAAAGAACGUUCUUCGUUUCUUUAUCAUCCUUCAAUACGUUCCAAGACUUUAUCUUAUCUUCCCUCUCUCCUCACAAAUAGUCGAAGCGACAGGUGUCGUUACAGAAACAGCAUGGGCUGGAGCAGCGUAUAACUUGAUGUUAUACAUGUUGGCAAGCCACGUUGUAGGAGCUUGUUGGUAUCUUUUAGCAGUUGAAAGGCAAGAAGCGUGUUGGAGAAGCAUAUGUGUUGUUGAAGAUCCGAAUUGUAAAGACGAAUUUUUCGACUGUGAAAGAAUUAACGAAGCUUCUAGACGUUCAUGGUUCCAAACAAGCAAUCUGACAAAUCAAUGUGUCCCCACUAGCGAGUUUUAUCCGUUUGGUAUCUAUGGGGAUGCACUCGAGUCGGAAGUGACGUCAGCCUUGUUCUUCAACAAGUACUUCUAUUGUCUUUGGUUCGGCUUAAAGAAUCUCAGUUCUUUGGGUCAAAACUUGUCAACGAGCACUUACAUUGGUGAAAUAAUGUUUGCGAUUGUGAUAGCGACUGUGGGUUUGGUUCUUUUCGCGUUGUUAAUAGGAAAUAUGCAGACUUAUCUUCAAUCGACAACGGUUCGAUUAGAAGAAUGGCGGAUCAAGAGAACCGAUACGGAACAAUGGAUGCACCACCGCCAACUGCCACCGGAGCUCCGCCAGUCUGUCCGGAGAUAUGACCAGUAUAAAUGGGUGGCAACUCGAGGGGUGGAUGAAGAAUCUCUUCUUAAAGGACUUCCGUUAGAUCUCCGACGAGAUAUAAAACGUCAUCUUUGUUACGAUCUAGUUCGCCGAGUUCCGUUGUUUGAUCAAAUGGAUGAAAGGAUGCUAGAUGCGAUAUGUGAGAGGCUACAACCGUCAUUGUGUACUCAAGGAACAUGUCUAGUGCGAGAAGGUGAUCCGGUGAACGAAAUGUUAUUUAUAAUUCGAGGAAACCUAGAUUCCUACACUACAAACGGUGGUCGAACUGGCUUUUACAAUUCAUGCCAGAUCGGUCCAGGUGAUUUUUGUGGGGAGGAGCUGCUGACGUGGGCCUUGGACCCACGUCCGAGUGUGGUCCUCCCCUCGUCCACCCGGACAGUUAAGGCAAUAUCUGAAGUCGAAGCUUUUGCGCUCAUAGCAGAGGAUUUGAAAUUUGUGGCGUCACAGUUUCGAAGAUUGCAUAGUAAGCAAUUAAGGCAUAAGUUUAGGUUUUAUAGCCACCAGUGGCGGACAUGGGCGGCUUGUUUUGUUCAGGCGGCGUGGCGGCGAUAUAAGAGGAGAAAGAGUGUUAGGGAACUUCAGGCUCGUGAGAGCUUUAAGAGUGUUGAUUAUGAGUCGGGAGCUAGCUCACCAGUGCAUGGUGGUGGGAGUAGAAGGCCCGGAGGGUUGAAACCUGGCGGCGGCGGUGGCUCGUUGCAGAAACCGACAGAACCUGAUUUUUCUGUAGAGGAGAGGAAUGAUUAUUGAAAGAAAUAGGGAAGUGUGCAAAAAGGGAUAGAUAAAAUUUGUGAAUACGUAGACUUGUUAUGUAUUUUUACUAUGAUUCUUGAAUUAUACGUGGUUUAAUAAUACUUUUUCAAUACGUUGUUUUA